AGCAUUUCAAGCUACCCAAACGAGAACAUCUCAGAAGUGGGUCCUCCUACUUUAAUUUUCAACACAAGAGAAAAAGAGAAAUUGUUCUUCAGCGGUGUCAGAAUAAAUCCACAAUCUUUUAUAUUCAGGAUUUUAAAGACGUGGGUGCAUCAUCAGCCUCUCCUCAGUGUUUUGCAAUUGAGUCCUCUGUGUGAGGCAACUGAAUUUCUUCUGCACAAGCCUGGGACUCGCUUGGAAGGUGCCCAGUUCUCUCUUGGUGCAAAAUUGUUUGCUUUCGUUUUUUCAUUGUAAGGAGCAGAAGCCAUGGGUCAAACAAAGUGGAGAACACUACCCUCCAGGCGCUCGUACCUCAAGCUCUUUCAGUCUUUGGUGCUGGCUGGUCUUUUUUACUUCUCUUCAGGCAUCAUCCAGAUGACCAAGCCGGUGAAUGACAGGGCAGUACUAUCCUGUGAUUACAACAUUUCCACUGAUGAACUGACGAAAGUUCGCAUCUACUGGCAAAAAAAUAAUAGUGAUAUGGUGCUGAGUGUCGUUUCCGGAGAAAUGAAAGUGUGGCCCAAGUAUAGGAACCGCACCGUAGCCAACAUCAUCAGUAACCCUUUCAUUGUGAUCCUGGGUCUGCGCCCGUCGGACAAUGGCACAUACACCUGUGUCAUUCAGAAGCCUGAAAAGGGGGCUUACAGGGUGGGACACUUGACUUCAGUGAUGUUAUCAGUCACAGCUGACUUUCCUGUCCCAAGUAUAACUGAGCUUGGAAACCCAGCUACAAACAUCAAAAGAAUAAUUUGUUCAACCUCUGGAGGUUUUCCAAAGCCUCACCUCUCCUGGUUGGAAAAGGGAAAAGAAUUAAAUGCCAUCCACACAACAGUUUCCCAAGACCCUCAAACUGAGCUCUACACUAUUAGCAGUGAACUGGACUUCAAUGUGACAAACAACCACACCUUCAUAUGUCUUGUCAAGUAUGGAAACUUAACAGUAUCACAGAUCUUCAACUGGCAAAAAUAUGAGCCAACAGCCUCUCCUUUUAAUCAGUCCUGGCUCUGGAUCUUAAUCCUAGUGGUUGGGAUUUCUGUGAUCAUUGUUAUUGCAGUAUUUUGUUAUUGCUGCCUGUGCAACAGACCUGCUGCAAGAUGGAGAGAGAGAAGGAAGAGUGGGGAGAGUAUGGAAAUGAAAACAAUCUCCCCUAUCGUCUCAGGAUCUGCAGAAGCAUCAGGCUGAACAGAA